GACUCAACGCGCGUAUAUAAAGUGACCUAGGAGCCACUGAGCUUCUCAGUUGUCACUAAUAAGUCUUGUCUUCAUCAUACGCGUGUUCUAACCCUACAAUAAGAUGUUGAGAUACGUUUUCGUUGUUGUCCUGGCCGUGGGAGUGCUCGGAGAAUACCAAGUCACGGAAGAACAGCGGCAACAAGUUAGAACUGCCAUCGGCGAGGUCUGCAAGAAAGCUAACGCUGAAGACAAGACGUCAGAAGUCCAGGCUGCCGUUCAUACGUUCACGGAAUGUCUGAAGGGCCUCUUCAACAUUGACCAAAUCAAAACAGAAAUCGAGGAGGCGAAGCCUAAUGGUGCCCUCGACGAGGUCUUUAAGAAGUACUGCGCGAAAUCUUCUCAGCUGAAGGCGUGCAUCAACACCGCUAUCACCGGCGUGACGCCGUGCGUGCCGAACGACCUUCGCGUCCAUCUGCCUACCGCCUCCAACGCCACCGAUCAGAUCAUCGACUUCGUUUGUUACAAGGAUGGCGACAGGAUCGCUUUGUUCAUCGCCGAGGACGGCCCCAAGUGCUUCCAAGAGAAAGCGGAGGACAUCAAGGCUUGUGCUGAGAAGAUCAAGGGAGGCAUCAGCUCUGUCGACGAAGCCAAGGCACUCUCUACUGAGAACAAAUGCAAGAAGUUGGACGAGCUGUCAUCGUGCGUGGUGUCUAAACUGGAAACCUGCGAAAACUCCACCCCCGCGAACAUGGCCGAGUCACUGUUCAAAUUCGUCAAGAAGGCAUCACCCUGCAACACGAAAUAAGGAGAAGCCAACGAGGCAGGCUGUGAUACGCGAGAAUGCAAAGACGUGCCAUGAAACACUAAAUGACAAUUUAAUAAGAAUAUUGCAUUUUUAUAA